AUGGAACAAUUGGCUAAGUUGAGACAGAAGGGUAGUGUUGAAGAGUAUAAAGCUGAUUUUGAAGCCUUAUCCCAUAGGCUGCAUGGGUUAUCUGAGAAUUACAAGCUUAGUUGCUUUCUCAGUGGCCUUAGGGAUGAUAUAAGCUUAACAGUCAAGAUGUUCACUCCUAAUAAUCUACUCACAGCUUAUGGACUUGCUAAGCUCCAGGAGGAAAAGACUUCAAUCCAUAAAAAAACCCCAUACCGAAACCCAGCCUACAACACAACCAACCAGACCCAUGAACCAACUUUUCCUAAAUUUUUCCAACAGCCUCAAGCCACAAAUAACCUACAAAACCAUCCUAAAGCCAUAGCCCCAGGUCACAAAUGUUCCAGUCCAAAGCUGUACUUAUUUGAAGAGAUAAAGGAGAAUUAUGAAGUUGUUGACAUUGAUAGUAGUAAGGCAACAAACCAACUGGACACACACCAUAUUCCAGUUUCUAGUGAAGCCCCAGAAAUUACUUUGCACGCUAUCAUUGGGUCUUUGAACCCUAAAACCAUGCGUGUGGUGGGCAGAAUUGGCAACCAACCAGUCACAAUUCUAAUAGAUUCCGGAAGUACUCACAACUUCCUGGACCCUUCGAUACUUCCCAAACUCUCCCUACAUGUAUUAAUAGAUGACAAAAUUAAGGUGAAAAUUGCAAAUGGAGAUCAAGUUCAAAGUGAGGGCAGACUUAAAAGUGUACCACUGGUUGUCCAAAACAUGAAAUUCUCCAUUGACAUGUACUUGCUAGUGCUGGCAGGGUGUGAUGUUGUGCUUGGCGUGCAAUGGUUACAAGGGCUAGGGUCGAUUUUAUGGAACUUCCAUAACUUUACCAUGCAGUGCAAUCACCAGAACUCUUUGGUUGUCUUAAAGGGACUGCGAGGCAGCACUUUAAUGGAAGAAGAGGCAUUUAAUAGGGCCACGACUCUAGAAAAUAAAGGGGUACUACUGCAGCUCAUUGAACAAGUUUCUCCAACCCAAACACCUACCAUUGUCCCCAAACCUACACAGAACCUAUUGGACCUAUUCCCUGACAUCUUUUCCCUUCCCUUUGGUGUCCCUCCAACCAGAUCUCAUGACCACAAUAUCGCAUUACAACCUGGUACUCAGUCCAUUUUUGUGAGACCCUCUCGAUACCCCUAUUUUCGAAAAGAUGAAAUUGAAAAGAUCAUACAAGAAUUGUUGCAAUCAGGGGUUAUAAGACCUAGUCAAAGCCCUUAUUCCUCACCUGUUUUGUUGGUAAGGAAAGCAAAUGGUACAUGGCGUCUAUGUGUUGAUUAUCGUGCCCUAAACCAUGUUACCAUGAAGGAUAAGUAUCCAAUUCCAGUGGUGGAAGAAUUAAUGGAUGAAUUGCAGGGUGCCAAAGUGUUUUCUAAACUCGACCUACGGUCAGGAUAUCAUCAAAUUAGGGUGAAACCUGAAGACAUCCCUAAAACGGCAUUCUGUACACACGAGGGGCACUAUGAAUUUUUGGUCAUGCCAUUUGGCUUAACCAAUGCACCAUCUACCUUCCAAACUUUGAUGAACCAGGUUUUUAAGCCUCACUUAUGGAAGUUUAUUUUGAUCUAUAGCAGGGAUGAGGAGGCCCACCUACACCACCUAAAGCUGACUUUUGCUAUCCUAAGGGACAACCAACUUUAUGCGAAGCUCAACAAAUGUGAUUUUGGCUGCCCAGAAAUUGUGAACUUGGGCCAUUUAAUUUCUGGCCAAGGAGUACAGGCAGAUCCUGAGAAGAUAAAGGCUAUGUUGAGCUGGCCACCACCCAAAUCUCUUAAAGCCUUAUGA